GGGCAACUCCUCUCUCUCUUCAGCUCUCUCUCCCUCUCCCUUGCCAGUCCCCUACCUCUCUCGUUCUUUUUUCCGAUCUAAAAACUUCCUCCCAGUCGUUGCCUGCACCUUACGUCGCCCCCUCUCUCUCUCUCUCCCUCCCUCUCAUUUGCGAUCUUGUGAGAAAACAGGAAAACCUGCGAGGGUUUCGAUCCGUUUGCUCUCUCCCCCAUCCCUCGAAGUGCUAGAUCGAUUUUCUGUAUCUAGGGUUUCACAGGGAAGCCACUAGUUGUCUCCUUGUUUAAGGUUGUGUCAAAUUUAAUUUGAUGAUCUUUCAACGACAAUUGAACUAUGACAUCAAACAUUUUAACCGGAGAGAGAAGAUGGACCUCUGCAAGAAGAGGAGGCAUGACUGUCUUGGGGAAAGUUUCUGUUCCGAAACCUAUAAAUUUACCCAGCCAAAGGUUAGAAAAUCAUGGUUUGGACCCAAAUGUGGAAAUUGUCCCCAAGGGCACCCUUAGCUGGGGCAGCAAAUCAUCUUCUUCUGCAUCGAAUGCAUGGGGUUCUUCAACUCUUUCGCCACAAACUGAUGGUGGUUCUGGUUCGCCAAGCCAUCUGAGUGCCCGUCCUUCGUCUGGUGGAAGUGGUACUCGACCAUCAACUGCUGGCAGUGACAGAGCCCAUGAAGCUAAUGCUAAUGCUUGGGGUUCUAAUUCUAGGCCAUCAUCGGCUUCUGGAGCUUUGUUAUCAAGUCAGUCAUCACUUACAUCACUACGUCCCCGUAGUGCUGAAACAAGACCUGGUAGCUCACAAUUAUCUCGAUUUGCUGAUCCACCGUCGGAGAAUUCAGGGGCAUGGGGUGCAGCUGGAAUGGCAGAAAAGUUGGGAGUUACAUCAGCUAAGAAAGAUGGGUUUUCUCUUACAUCUGGAGACUUUCCUACACUUGGUUCCGAAAAAGACAACGAUGGAAGAAAUUCAGAGCCCCAAGACCAUAGUUCUCAUGGUCGUCCUGGAUCAUCUUCUGGUGGAGCAACAGUGAAAGAUGGGAGUGGGACUUCUGAUGGUAAUGCUUCUAUAAAUUCAAAUGUCAAGAGUGGAACUGCAAAUUCUUGGAGAAGAGAUAACUCCCCAUACAAUGAAGAUGGAAUGAGGCCGAAUGUGGAGAAAUGGCCGGUGGAUCCUCCACCACAUCACAAUCCAAAUUUGCCCCCACCUCAUUAUGAUGCAUGGCAUGGUCCUCCUGUAAAUAAUCAUCCCGGUGGCGUAUGGUAUAGAGGACCUCCAGGCGGUCCUCCAUAUGGGGCUCCUGUUACUCAUGGUGGUUUCCCAAUGGAACCAUUUCAUUACUAUCGUCCUCAGAUUCCAGCUACUGCUCUUGCCAAUCAACAGCCAGUUCCACCUCCUGGUGUAGGACCAAGAGGGCACCACCCAAAUAAUGGAGAUAUGUACAGGCCUCAUAUGCCUGAUGCUUACAUACGCCCGGGUAUGCCAAUUAGGCCUGGUUUCUUCCCUGGUCCUGUGGCCUAUGAGAGCUACUAUGGCCCUCCCAUGGUCUACUGCAAUUCCAAUGAACGAGAUAUUCCAUUUAUGGAAAUGACAGCUGGUCCUGCAUACAACAGGCAUUCAGGUCAAACUGCUCCUGAUAAUAGCAAUUUGCAUAAUAGACCUUGUGGAUAUGGUCCUCCUGGGAAGCCAUUGGUCUCAGAAGUGGAAUUUAGUCAGUCUCACGAUCCUUGUAGACCGUACAAGGUUCUUCUGAAGCAGCAUGAUGGUUGGGAUGAGCAACAUGAUCAGAAGUUGAACGAGAGUGGUGCAUCAUAUCUUGAGAAGGAGGACCAGCCAAGAAAAUCUUGGGACGAUGACUUGCAAGGAGAUUACAAAAAGGAUGAGGAGAUGCACAUAAAAGGAAGAACAACUGGGGAAAAGGCUUCUGCGGCUUCAGACAUCCAAGGAGGCAGCUCUGUCACUGCCAAAGUAAAUUCAACUGAAAUUGUAGGAUAUGUGAUGGCACACAAUGAACAUUUUGUGAAGAAAUCAGAAAACAUGGCCGUUGUUGUUCCAGAAGGCCCUGCAGCCUUAAAAGACUCCAGCCUGAUACAAAAAAUAGAAGGUUUAAAUGCGAAAGUUCGGGCUUCAGAUGGACGACAAGAUGUCACAUCUGUUCCCGUUAGGGAGGAGCAGAGAAAUAAAUUACCAGCUAUUGGUUUUAAGGCCAACCAUCCAUCAAAUGAUGCUGGUGUUCAUGCUGGAGAUACGAGAUUUGAUGCCAGUUUAACUGCAACCUCUAGGAGACCUGCUCACGGCAUGCACAACAGACCUGAUCAUCGUGGCAGCAAAGGAAGAUUUAAUGUGCAAGAUGCUGACGGGUGGCAAAAGAAAGCUUCGGCUGUGGACUCCCCAAUUGCAGCAGCAGCUACACAUUCUGAGAGUUCUAUUCCUCUCAUGCAAAACCAUACAUCUGUGGAGUCCACAGAUAAGUCAGGGUCCUAUCCUCAGGGAAAGGAUGAGGGAGAGGCUGUGCAACCCAUCUUCAAUUCAAGUGACAGUCAGUUGCAGCGUUCUAAGAUGAGAGAGCUAGCCAAGCAACGUGUUAAACAACGACAGAAGGAGGAGGAAGAUCGGGAAAGAGAACAGAAGGCCAAAGCUCUUGCAAAGUUGGAAGAGUUGAACAAGCGAACUCAAGCAGUGGAAGGUUUAAAUCAGAAGGCCGAGACUGAUUCUGUACAGAAUAAGCAUGAAGAAUCUCAAGUUUCUAAUGAAUCAACCUCGGUUAUCAGUACAUCUGCAGAACUAACCUCAACAAAGGUUUCUAACACAAUUACAAUUAUGCAGACUAGUGAGAGUAGUUCCACCAUAGUUGAAAAACCAACCUUUCUAGUUGGUGAGCUGCCUGUGGAGACUCUGAAGAGUGCAAACAGGGGACCUGUUGUGUCACAGAUCCACGUGGAGUCAUCACAAAGAGUUGAUAAUACUGAUUCUCCUGACCUUGACAGUGCUCCACAUGUAACUGGCGCCCCUAAUUCUAAGCAUAAGCGUAUGGGCCAUAAACAAAAGCAGAAUAUUCCAUUGGAAAAAAGUUCUGUUGACCAGCUUAUUUCUGCAUCUACAUCUGAAGCACCUAAAAUUCAUACUGAUGCAUCAGUUGAUGUUUCUGCAUCUAUUGAGGUUGUAGCUUGUGAAAUGGCAUCUAGCCUGAAAUUAUCGGAGUCAUCAGUACAACCAAGAAGGAAAAAUAAUAGGGGUGACAAGAACAAGCACAAGGCAGAUGUUAAGUCAUCCAUGGAUGCUGUACCAUCAUCCUUAUCUAAGGAAACAAAUAUUCUUGACACUCCCACUGAUGCCAGCAACCGGAUGGCAGAAGAAUCAGCAUUGAAUUCUAGUUCAGUUAGGUCAGCGGGUGCCGUUAAGGAUUCAAACCAGCCCUCAGAGCCGCACUUGUCAAUACCAAAUGAAGAUACUCAUGGGAGAGUAAAUAACCAAUGGAAACUUCAGCAUUCUCGCAGGAUGAGAAAUCAACAAGGUAAUAGAUCAGCAGAGAAAUUCCAUGGCGGUGAUGCCGUUGUUUGGGCCCCUGUGCGUUCACAGAACAAGGCUGAGGUUGCCAAUGAAGUCGGUGAGAACUCUGUAACUGAGAAUACCAAUUCUGUAAAGAACGACCUGUUGUUACAGAACAAUCCUAGAAACAAGAGGGCAGAGAUGGAGAGAUACGUCCCAAAGCCUGUAGCCAAAGAAAUGGCUCAGCAAGGAAGCUUUCAACAACCAGUGGCUCUUUCAACCGGGCAGACUGCAUUGGAAGAAAUUGUUGGCAGACCAGUUUCUCCAGCUGGACCUGCUACUCAGAAGGGAGGGCCAGCAAUUGCGGCGGGGAAUGGGGACUUUAAGCAGAAUAGGCCAGGAAAAGUUCAUGGAUCUUGGCGCCAACGGGGUUCUGCAGAAUCUGCCAUGGGUCAAAGUUUGCAAGAUAGGAAGUAUAAUACUUCAAACUCUAGCAAGAAUGUUCCAAAAUUAAAUGAGAACCAGCAGCCCCGGAGGUCUGAUGUAAGCUUGGUGAAAGGGCAACUCAAGCAUACUGAUGAAUGGAAUUCUUCUGAUGGCUGGCACAUGCCUGAUAAUUCUGAAUCUUCUGCACCAGUCACAGUUCCUAUUGUGAAAGAGCAUGGAGUCAAAGGAAAGCGGCAUAGCACAAAGGGACAGAAGGGCACAGGCAACACGCAUGAGCAGGAGCAGAAGAAAAUCAAAAGUGAUGAUGACAUGGACAAAUCUAACUCACAAUCUUUAGAUCCCGAGAUAUAUCAAAUAGAAUUUUCAGCUGCUUCAAAAGACAAUCGUGGAAGCCGGGAACGAUCAACUUGUCAUUGGCAACCCAAGUUACAGGCUUCUUCAGCUCCCAACGAAGGCACUACCCCUAGUAUUGGCCAAGGUAUAGGGGUUGAAGUUGGGAGAGGAAACAGGAGGGAUCCCACGGAAACCACGGGAGGUAGUGUAGUUCAGUCAGUCUCUCUCUUGGAAAAAGGCAAAGUGGAAGAAGCUCCUGGUGUACGACAUCCAGAGACCAAGAGAGAAAGGAAGAUGUCGUCACUAAAGGAACAGUCCCACUCCCCAAACCAAGUUCCUGGUGGCCUCGGUGAACAGGAGCAUUCAUCAAAUAUGGAUUUCGAACAUGAGCAGUCAUCUUUCGGAUUCCAGAAAAGUGGUAGACAUAAUAGUCGAUUUGGUAGGGAGCAUGAAUCUCGUGGUCAUUGGGGUGCUGUGGGGCAAGAUAAUAAACAAUAUAAUCAACCUGCUAAUCGUGAUAGACAGGCGAACACUUCCCACUAUGAGUACCAGCCAGUUGGUCCCCACAAUAACAACAAAGCCCACAACUUUGAGCAAUCAAAUGAUGCUUCUCAUAAUACUGGUCCAAGAUCAAGGGGUAGAGGCCAGAAUCACUCCAGGCGUGGUGGCGGAAAUUUCUAUGGAUCCCAAAGUAGCACAUCUACUGUUUGAUAGCUGGUUAUGAUGAGUGUUGGGGAAAGAGGUGUGAUGCAAUUCUUUCCAGGCUAGAAAUAUGACUCCACAAUCGUUGCAUCGAUACCUUGAAUUCUCAGGUAUUCAUAAUAACUUUUGACAGUAAGUAUGGCUGAAUUACUAGUUAUUCAAAGUUGAAUUAUCUGAUAGGUGGCGGUGUUUAUCAGGAGCAAGAGGAAAGCUGAUGAUGCAAAGGCCAAAAUAUCAUUAUAAGUCGAUACGUGGACGGGGUUGAUUUUUUUUUUCCCUUACGUUAAUGUACUAAUUUGAACAUUGUGUAAUUGGGUCAUGUUUUGGGUGCUGUAGAAAUCUUGUGUUGCUUCCUUAUUUGUUGUGCUGUUUCUUUUGCACGAACAGCAGUUAAAGAGACUAAGUCCUGAGGAGAUUUCUUGUUCUCCCGCUCA